UGCCCCCUGUGCAUCGUUUGCGUGUGCGGUUCCGCGUGUGUUGCAGUUGGCAGAAAAAAGGCAGGCAGCUGCUCUCGAGAAGUGCCCCUGUUUUCCGCGGUCCCGAGUGCCCCCCUAGUGCGGUUCAAGGCCAACGCUUUCCACGCCUCUCCCAGCGCCCCAGUCAGCGGAAGUGCCGGCCAGAAAAUGUUCAGCGGAAUCACCGGAGGAGCCAAAUCGUCGUUGAAGAACCUUGGCAGCAAGGCGGAGGGUCUGUUCGACAAGAAGAAAAAGGAAGCCCAGGAUAUGACGAACGAGAAGGUUCAGGCGGCCACCAGCAUGGCGGAGGACCAGGCCAAGAAGACGCAAGAAGCGUUCAGCAAGACCAAGAGCGACGCCGAGGCGCUGGCCUCGUCGGCCGCCGGUGAGAUCGAUGCCACGAAGCAGCAGGCAUCAGCCGCCGCGGAGACCGGUGCCCAGGCGGCCGGAACACUGAUGGACCAAGCGAAACAGGCGGCCGAGAAUGCGAUCCAGCAGAGCGCCGUCGUCGUGGAGAAGGCGGUCGAGGAGCAGAUGAAGGUGGCCGAGGAGAAGGUGGACGAAGGGAUGAAGCUGGCCAGUGCCGAGGUCGACCGGAAGCUGCAGGAAGCGAACCGGUUCGCCGACGAGAAGCGUGGCGAACUGGAGCAGAAAGUAACCGAAGUAACGGCAAAGGCACAGGACACGGCCGCUACCGGUGCUGCCGGGCUGCUUGGCAAGCUGAACCUUGGAAAGUAAAUGGCCACAACGUUCCCGUCCCACGGAGCGACAACGGAACUCGUGGAAACGGAAAUCUCCGGAAAUAAUCCUGUAGCACCUUAAGAUGAUAUGCUCUUUGCACACAGAUUUGCGCGUCGGCAGCAGCAGCUUCGUUGUUAGCCGAGCAACGUGAUGAUAUUAAGCUUUUUGGAAGAUAUUUUUUAAAAUAAAACCCAUUACUAUUAAUGUGUAUCGGUCCGAGCGGCCUAGGACCCGGGGUGGAGAAAGGAGCUAGAGAGAGAGAGGGAGAGCGGGGACACUUUGAAGCUUCACAGAGCCGUGUAACCGUCACACAGAAGCCAUAUACGGAAGUUUAUACAACUGAUCGUACAAAGCAUAAGCACAUUUCCACCGCGAUAUUGGUUAAUAAUAUGCGCCGCCACAUGUGAUAGUCCAGCAGAGAACCACCAAUAGAAUCGAAAGCCUCCAAUGGCCCAUGCGCCGUCGCCUUACAGCCACGAACCUUCGCACGGUUUUGCAGAUUGUACCGAAUGCCAGCAAACGCCUUAAAGUGUUGUAAUUACCUGCUCCGUGUGUUCCGCCAUUGGAAGGGCUUAAUCUUACAUUACUUUCGGCGGUCCCUCGACGACGGCUCACGCAAUCGAUCAGCGACAUUUGGAAUGCGUAAAGUCACCAGUCUUUUAAAGUGGAACAAUAAAAUUCUUUUAGCAGCUUAAGUA